AUGGGUGGACGGGGCCCGGGGGUGGUUGACAAGCUGGAUCUCGCCAAGGCGAGAGUCAGUUCGGGACGAGGAGUCGCGUGUAGGAAUCUCUUGAGUCAUGCGCAGGCGAUAAGUGAAGUGAAUGGUGGCAUUGAGCAGCUGGGCGCCACCAAGGUGGGAGUUGCUGAGAUUCGUUCCAGUUCUACACCUGCAUCCGUGCUCUCCGUUGCUCUUAAACCAUUCCGUCUCACCAACCGCGUUACUCCCUUUCCUUCUUGUUUCCCCGUGUCCCUCCUCCUACCCCUUGCUCUCCCUGUUGCGCCACUCUGUGCCGUGCGGCGUUCCGCCCAAGUGAGCCCCGCAGCACUCGUGCCCGCAUUCUGCUCCUCCUCGGGGCCGCUUCGCCUGGACGCCGCAAGCACCACGGGCAGCGCAGGUAGACCGGUGGCGGGUCCAGUGGAGCUGCAGGGUGAACGCAGAUUCAACAGUAGCGGCAGCGGUGUGGUGCUGCACUGGGCAGCUUGUGUGACAUUCAUCCUUGUUGACCUUGAUGACCCCAUUCAUCCUCUGCAUAAACCAGCUGUCCCCAUCUCAGGUGCUCCUCCUCUGCCCUCCAUCACCCUCCCAUCUGCUCCCACCAUUCCAGCCACGCAGCAUCACCAUAGCCAUUGCACCCUCAGACACCACCCCUCCCUCUCGCCCACCAUCACCUACGUUAUGACCAUCUGCUGUCACUCGAUUCUCCCCUCCAUGCCCUUCUAA